AUGACACGCAAAUCUAUUCUCUCGGUUAAUGCCGGAUCGUCCUCGGUGAAGAUUACCUUCUACACCUUUGAGCAGCCUCCAAAGGUCGUCGCCAAUGCACAGAUCUCGGGGAUCACAGCUCCUCCGGCGACACUGAAAUACACUCAAGGAUCGACGAACCACAAGGAGCAGCUCAAGGAGAAUUUGAGCACGCCGCAGGAUGCUUUCAAGUUCCUUCUGCAGAGGUGUUUCUCGGAUCCAAACCUAUCCGAAGUUACCAGCACUGACGACCUGGCAUUCAUUUGCCAUCGGGUUGUUCAUGGAGGAGACUAUGAGCGAUCGGUAGUCAUCACCAAUGAAACCUAUCACCACUUGGAGAAACUCGAGGAUCUAGCCCCACUACACAACUUUUCUGCUUUGGAGAUCAUCCGACUCUGUAGAAAGGAACUGCCUUCGGUGAAAAGUAUCACAUUCUUUGACUCUGCCUUCCACCAGACUUUGCCCGACUAUGUAAAGACGUAUCCAAUUAACCAGGACACCGCGAAGGCAAAUGGUCUCCGGAAAUAUGGAUUUCAUGGCAUUAGUUAUUCCUUCAUCCUGCGCUCGGUAGCUCAGUUUCUCAGCAAGCCAGUGGAACAGACUAACGUGAUUGCCAUGCAUAUUGGAAGUGGUGCUUCUGUAUGCGCGAUCAAGGAGGGCAAGUCCAUUGACACUUCAAUGGGACUUACACCCUUGGCUGGCUUACCUGGCGCCACCCGUAGUGGUGAUAUUGAUCCAUCGCUUGUGUUUCAUUACACCAGCGAGGCAGGAAAGCUGAGCCCUGCGAGCACUAAAGAAAUGCAUAUCAGCACGGCUGAAGAAAUUCUCAACAAGAAAUCCGGAUGGAAAGCGCUCACUGGAACUACAGAUUUUUCCCAGAUAGCUGUUGAGAAUCCUCCAAGUCCAGAGCAUAAGCUUGCUUUCGACAUUCUCGUCGACCGUAUUCUGGGGUACAUAGGUAAUUACUUUGUCAAGUUAGAAGGGAAAGUUGAUGCACUCGUUUUCGCCGGCGGAAUCGGCGAGAAGAGUGCCUUACUGAGGAAAACUAUCGUCGAGAAAUGCCAGUGCCUAGGGGUAGCUAUUGAUGCAUCAGCUAAUGAUAAAGGGCCGUCCGAUGACCAGACGGUGAUGGAUAUCUCCAAGGUAGGUGAUAGUGGACCACGUGUGAUGGUCUGCCAGACAGAUGAGCAGCACACGGAAGUAAUAAUGGAUCAUGAUGGUGUGGUGUCUCAGAAGUUCACAGUCAGGGGGUUCGCCAAUUCUGGGGUGUCUGGGGCAUAA